UGUCCCCACGUUGAAAUUUUAAUCCAAAUCAUUGCAAUUCCAGCUUUCGUUUCAAUCAGUUACAGAUAUAAAGCAGUCUGUAAGUAUACAUCCCAUGAGAACCAUUCAAUUUCAGUUUCAAUCCAGAUUUCAUCUUCGAAUUUGAGUUUUUGAUCGAUGAAAAUGGAGGUGGUGCCGUAUACUGAUCCUAAAGAGAAUUCAAUCACGCCGCCGUGGCAGGAAAUGUUCCGAUCAGCUUCCACCCGAAAACCCAAUCCGUCGUCUCCCGAAACGAACAUUCAGCCACCGCCGCCGCCGGAUCCACCGCAAUCCACCACAAGUUCUGAUGAGGAGAAGGAGGAUUCUUCCAUCUCCGGUGAUCCUCAGGUGCGUCUUGCCCUUUAUAUAGCCAUGGCUCAUGCUGGAUUUGCGUUCGCUUUCUUAAUCAUCUAUGGCGUUUAUAGGUUACUUGAACAGUAUCUCCGGCCGAUUCUGUGGGCUGUUCUUUGUUCCAUUCCUCUUAGAGGAAUUCAACAAACUCUAGUUGCGUUUUGGUCUGAACCUUUGAAAUUAGGGCUUACAGAAACUAUACUGGCUGUACCUGUAUCGAUGUUUAGGGUUUUUAUCGGAGCCCUAGUUGAAUUUCGAGAUAUAUUCUACAAAAUUAUCCGUCGGAGAAAGAAGAAAUCGAAUUCAAUGAAACGAAAACGUAGCGGAUUUUCGAUUUUGUUAAGAUGGUUGUUGUCAUUUUGGGUUUUUGUGAUGGUUUAUGAACAAUUUGGGGGUUUUGGUGCGAUUACUCUUUUAGGGUUAGGGUUUAUGUUUACAUCUAGCAAUGUUGAUUCCACGAUGUCUGUUGUUUCAUCUUUUCGAAGCCAUAGCUUUAAACGAAGCCCUUAUUCCGCCAUUUUUACGAAAAGGAUUCUGAAUCGAUUAGAAACUGUUGUUGCAAUUGGAUUGAUUGUGGGGAUGAUUGUGGGUUCGAUGGCGACUGUUACGUUCUUCUCGUAUAAGGUCGGAAUCGAGGGGAAAGGUGCGGUUUUCUCGAUCAAGUCGCAUGUUGAAGAAAGCAAUUAUGCGGAAAAGAUCGGUCUGAAACAAUGGAUGGAUGAACAUGAUGUGCCGGCAAUGGUGGAUCGGUAUACUAAUCAGUUUUACGAAACUGUUUACGAACAGAUCGAUAGUUUAGCAAUGCAGUAUAACAUGACUGAAAUCGUUGAGGAGAUGAAACAAAUUGUUUCGCCAAAAUUCACGAAUACUUCUGCUCGAUCGAAUGCAUUAGCAAUCCCGAAUCCGUAUGCUGAGAAAAUUCUCAGUUUAAGAAGACGGGUUUCUAAUCGUGAAUGGGCCGAGAUUUAUCCAGAAUUCAGUUCUUUGUUCAAAGAAGUAGUGAUCAGCAGGGAGGAUAUCACCGAGAAGGCGAAAUCGAUCGCUUUUCAAGGGAAAGACGUGAUUCAACGUGUUUUGGCUAGUAGUAAAUCGAUUGUGGGUGGAAGCACAAAGCUCGUUUUUGUCGUUAUCGAGUCGAUUGUAUCUGGAGCAGCCGGUCUUUGGAAUUUUAUUUCGCAAAUGAUGGUUUUCAUAUGGGUUUUAUACUCUCUAAUAACCUCGGAUUCUGGUGGGGUUACGGAGCAAGUUAUGUUUAUGUUCCCGAUCUCGAAAUCGGCUAGAACACGAUGUGUAGAAGUUCUCGAUAAGGCUAUCUCCAGCGUUCUUUUGGCGACUGCCGAGAUUGCUUUCUUUCAAGGAUGUCUUACUUGGCUUUUGUUUAGUCUAUUUGACAUCCAUUUCUUGUACAUGUCGACCGUUCUUGCGUUUAUCAGCCCGUUUUUCCCGUUACUUCCGUAUUUUAUUUCAACGAUCCCUGCAGGAUUGCAAUUGGUGCUCGAAGGUCGAUAUAUAAUCGCCAUUUGCUUGUCGGUGAUUCAUGCCGUGCUUAUCGAAUUUGGUAUUACUGAAAUUCGAGAGGACAUACCUGGUCACAGCGCGUAUCUCACCGGGCUUAGCAUCAUUGGCGGAGUCGCAUUGUUCCCAUCGGCAGUUGAGGGUGCAAUAAUGGGGCCGUUGAUAACGACAGUCGUUAUAGCUCUCAAGAACUUGUAUGUAGAGUUUGUUUUGGAUGAAGUCAAGUGAAGAAGCAGUUUAGUUUGCAGGAAGAUUGUUGAAUUUUGAUACAUUAUUUAGUGGAAAUUUGGAUUCAUGACACCCUUGGGAAAGCAUAUGGUGUUAUUGGAGUAAUUUUGUUAGGGUAAGUAAAAGUGAUUUCUAUUCUUUGAAAUUGUAUUCUCAAAUCAGUUGGCAAGACUUUGUUCGAGUUCUCUUGUUAUGUAUGUCUGUAUGUAGUAUGUAAGUUACUCUGUACCUACAAGUUUAUAAAGAUGAUUUGUUGUGCU